AUGCGUCUAUUAACUCACAAUAUACUGAUGUGUAACAGAAAAUGUUGUAAAAAUGGUUUUCCAUUAGAAAUAAAGCUGAGAGGAGAUAAAGAGGAAGCUACUUCACAGUUAGAUACAUAUUUCUCUAGGGAACAAAUCCAAAGUAUGCUUGAAAAAUUAGAUUGGGAAGUUCUAGUUAGUACAGCUGCUAAAUUUGAUAUUGAAUUACCAAUAAGCUAUAAUUUAGAGGACAAAAAUGAUGAUAUAUUUUUAAAGGCAGUUCAUAAUGCUAUUAUGAAUUUUCAAAUAUUAGAAGCUGAUCUUAUAUGUCCAAUUUGCAACCAUAAAUAUACAGUAUCAAAGGGAGUACCUAAUAUGUUAGACCAAGAAAACAUUAUAAAUAAUGUAGAUAUUGAUAUGAAUAUAUGA